AUGCCAGGCUCUCAGGAGGCGAGUCUGGAUGAGAACGCUGUGAUCCUGCCGGUAAAGCCGUCUUCCCCGGAGUUCCUCUACUCUGAGCGAGAGCGCCAGUCGGUGGAGAAACUCUUGUGCGAAGGUCCCAAAGCUUUCUACAACUCCGUCGGCGCAGGGCUCUUUGGCUCCUUCUUGUCUCCUGAUGAAGUGGGCGAGAUAACAAGCUGGGUUAAGGACUUUCAUUUUACUCCCCUGCAAAAGAAGGAGAACGGUGGGACUGCUGACCCGCAUGAAGAGGACCUUACAUCCUCCUACUUCCCAUCCUACUCGGACGCGCCGGUUCCAGGUUUGGAGCUGGGCUGGCCCGAGGCGCCUUGGGUCCGCAUGGAAAAUGUGUCAGUCUACACAAACCCCCCUGCCGAGGGAGGACCUCCCAUCAGAGAGGUCAUCCGGCGACAUCUGCAGAAGGCCAGCCAAGUACUUGGCAUUGUGACAGACCGGCUGACAGACAGCACCAUAAUUGGGGAUUUACAUGGUGCAGCCUCCAGGGGUGUCCCAGUUUACAUCAUUCUGAACCAAAGGACUAGUGAGGAGAAGUACACAUUCCAAAGGCUGGGACAUCCGAACAUUCGAGUUCGUCUUCUUGGAGGUAAAAGCUUCUGUUCAAGGAAGGGGAAGAUGAUGGUUGGGGAGUUGAAAGACAAAUUUAUACUGGUGGAUUUGGUGACAGUCAUUCAUGGCAAUUACAGCCUCACAUGGACUGAUGCUCACUUACACAGGCACAUAAUCUCUGUGAUCAACGGCUCAGCUGUUGACAGCUUCGACAAAGAGUUUCGGAUGCUGUUUGCUGCAUCGGCCCCAGUUCCUAACCUGUGGGAGUACGCUGUUCCCCAUGUAGACAUGACUAAGGCGCGAAACGAUUUCACCGACCCAAGCCCCCCAAGACACUUCCACAUCAAACAUGAGAUCCUCAACCCUCCUUCUCCACCGAUGGACACCAACCUGGAUUGGGAAGCCAUGGGCGUCAUCCCCAGAGGCACCUACCCAGAUAGUCUUGAAGAGGGGGGAAUUGUCGCGACGAGGGAAACACGGCGUGUAAAGCCUGAUCCCAACCUGGAUGACAUCAGCACCACCAUAGAAAACAAAGCUGCCUCAAGAAAGCCCUUAAUCUUGAAGGUGCCGCAGUCGGAGAGCUUUAGCUCACUAAGUGACCUAAUGAAACGAUUCACGACAAAACAAAACAAGGUGGAUCUGUUCAGCAGAGGCUCCAGGAACAGCAUGACAGACAUCACGCAGUCCAUGAUGGACCUCCGCGAGGAUGCACCCGACGCAGGGCGAGCUCCUGAUGAGAGGAGAUUCUCGAUGUCAAGAAUCAAUGACAAAAGUUAUGACCAAGACCAAAUGACACCGGGUUUAAUCCUGAUGAAGAGGAGGAAUGACGUAGUAAGUUCGGCCCUGCAAAGAAUUCCGAAGACCUUUCUGCCCGGAGAUCGACUUCGCAGUUCUGGCCUUGAUUUGAACUGGAAGCCUCUAAAGGAAAGCAAAGAAGAGGGAGACAAAUGA